AUGAACUUCUAGACUGAGAUUCUCUCCGUCUCUAUUAUUUUCCCAUCUUUUUCAUCCUCUGUUCCUUCUUGCACGAUUCGCAAAUUUCAUUUUUAAUAUAAGAUUGAGAACUCAGCUGGCGGGUUUCACCGUGGAAAAUUGUAAAAUAAGGGAAAAAGAUUCGAUCUUUGAAUUUAGGAGAUUUUGGGGAUGAGGCUUAACGGAGAAAUCUCACGCGGAGAAGGAGAAGAGAAAGAAGCGGGUACGACGGCGUUUUCGAGUGGCGGUUGCGGGCAGAAAGUGGUGGUUGGGUACGCGUUGACGUCGAAGAAGAAGAAGAGCUUUCUGCAGCCAAGCUUGACUGGCCUUGCACGGAACAAGGGGAUAAACUUUGUUGCAAUUGAUCUAAACAAGCCGCUGCCAGAACAAGGUCCUUUUGAUGUCGUAUUGCAUAAGCUGUUAGGAGAGGAGUGGCAUGGGAUUAUUGAGGAUUACAGGCAAAAACAUCCAGAGGUAACUGUCCUUGAUCCUCCAGGUGCAAUUCAACAUUUACACAACCGCCAAUCCAUGCUGCAAGAUGUGGUGGAUCUAAACUUAUCUGACUGCAACGGCAAGGUUGGCAUUCCACGACAGCUAGUUAUCACAAAAGAGAAAGACCCAUCUACUAUCCCUUAUGAAGUCGCUAAAGCUGGGAUGAAGUUGCCAUUAGUUGCAAAACCACUAGUUGUGGAUGGCAGUGCAAAGUCACAUGAACUGUUUCUUGCUUAUGAUGAAUUCUCUCUUUCGGAACUUGAACCUCCACUUGUUCUACAAGAGUUUGUCAAUCAUGGUGGUCUUCUCUUUAAGAUUUAUAUUGUUGGUGAUACCAUCAAGAUUGUGAGACGUUUCUCUCUUCCUAAUAUCAGUAAACGUGAGCUAUCAAAAGUUGCAGGUGUAUUCCGUUUCCCAAGAGUUUCAUGUGCAGCAGCUUCUGCAGAUGAUGCUGAUCUGGAUCCUAGUAUAGCUGAACAUCCACCAAGACCUUUAUUGGAGAAGCUUGCAAGGGAGCUCCGUCAUAGAUUGGGACUCCGCUUGUUCAACAUAGAUAUGAUUCGGGAACAUGGGACCAAGGAUGUGUUUUAUGUCAUUGAUAUCAACUACUUUCCUGGGUAUGGAAAAAUGCCAGACUAUGAGCACAUAUUUACAGAUUUUCUCCUUAACCUAGUGCAGAGCAAGUGUAAGAAGAAACUUACUACCUAAAGUAAAGGGAAGUGAAUAGUUCUAUUGAGUCGGUGGUCCUUGCUGGUGGCUUUCUUGAAAAUUGAGGAACAUCGUACUUUUAACAAUAUAUACAAACUGGUAUGAAAUGUCAACGAAGCUGCUAAAAUGUUUGAAAUAUGGCUGUCUAAUCUCUCUCUCUCAAAAAGGAGCAAAAAUGUCUUUGUUGUAAAUUAUAUGCUUAUCCAAAUCAAUGCAAGUUUUGUUGAUUGUUA